AUGUUGAACCCUAAGAGAAGUGAUCACUCUGCUUCCUACUUUGACAUGGAGAUGAAUUCACGCCCUAGGGUUCCAUUACUCCUUGGAUCGGCUAGAGAUUCAUUUGCUUUUCUGAAGGAACCCUGCUUUGUCAAGUCGGGGACUGGUUCUUGCACCGUAGCUGAGCAACAGAAUGAUACACAGGGCAAGAGGAGGCAUGACAACGCUCUAGACUCGGAAUUGGAAUCGAAAAGGAUUAAACGAAUUAUGGCCAACAGAUUGUCUGCUCAAAGAUCCCGACUUCGGAAGCUGGUGUAUGUAGAAAAACUCGAAAGAGAUGUCAGAGCCGAAGAGGUCAAAGUAUAUUGGUUAUCUCUACAAGAGUCACUCUACCAGCAAUCCCAAAUGGCUCUUAAAACUGAAAAUACUCAUAUAAAGGAGAUCAUGGAAGGACUUGAGAGAGAAAAGGCUAUGAAAGAAGUGGAAUUUCAAUAUCUGAAGAAAGAACUGCAGGCACUAAGGGGAGCCUCUAUGCGUUUGCUUUAUAACUGA